AUGUUUUCCAGCUUUCCUACGCUUAAGCGGGGACAAACCUCAAGCUGGGCGCCGCGGCUGUGCGGCUCCGGGCUGCGCCUCUUCGUCCAUGUGGCCAACACGGCUUUUGGACAGAUCUGCUUACUGCCAUUCUUCAUACGGCUGAACAACUUAUCGCUCAUGCGUUCACUUGACAUUCACGAAGAUCCCACGUUUAUCCCGGAGGUUGCUGCGGAGGUUAUGGAAGACAAGUCUGAGGCUAAAAGGACUUCGGAUAUUAUCGAGCAGCUGAUAGAUGCAAGGUCUGAUUCUGCUAGCAAUGGGUUUAGCUUCAAAGGGAUUAAAGACUACCUGGACUGCUACCGGAGUGGGAAGCUGACACCGUCUCAGGUAGCAAAGAACAUCAUUGCCAUGCUGGAGGACUGCGACAAAUCCACGCCCCCACUCAGAGCGAUAGUGCAAUGGGACCAGGAGCAAAUAAUGCUGAUGGCUGAGGCUUCCACUGCUCGUUACAGGAAUAAAUGUACCCUGUCUUAUCUGGAUGGCAUCCCAGUGUGUGUGAAAGAAGAGUUCAAAGUGGUACCUUAUCAUCACCGAGUGGGAACAGUGUAUCUUGGGACAGAGCCCGAAACAGAAGAUGCUACUGUGGUCAAGAAGCUGCGAGAGGCUGGGGCUAUCAUUAUUGGGGUCUCAAACAUGCAUGAACUAGGGACUGGAACAACUGGAUGCAACCCUAAUAGGUACCACAAGAUCCCUAGGAAUCCCUACAAGCCUAACCACUUCACAGGUGGGAGCUCCAGUGGGUCAGCAGCAGCUGUAGCAGCAGGUCUCUGCCCGGUGGCUAUUGGCACAGAUGGAGGCGGCUCUGUGAGGAUUCCUGCUUCGUUAUGCGGUGUGGUGGGGCUGAAAGGUACGUUUGGGCGCAUCAGUUCUCAUGGCAGCUUGCCACUCUCCUACUCCACAGUCAGCGUAGGCCCUAUCUGUACCUCGGUGGCAGAUGCAGCCAUUGUUUACAGUAUCCUGGCUGAGCUGGAUCCACUCUAUCCGUAUGGACUGAAACAGCCCAAAGCAACCCUAUCUGAUAUGUGUGCUCCUGACCUGAAAGGCUUAAAACUGGGAGUGGACUGGACGUUUUUUAAGGCAUGUGAUGCUGAAGUCCUGUCCAUCUGUGAGAAAGCUGUGGAGCACCUGCAGAGUUUGGGAGCCAGCGUGGUUGCAGUGUCUCUUCCAGAGAUGGAGGAAGUGCGAGUAGCCCAUGUCAUCUGCAUUCUCAGUGAGAUGAGGGAUUUCCUGCAACCUGACUUCAAUAAACAUUACCAGGACAUGAAUUUGGACACUCGGGCUAACCUGGCCUUGGCUUCCCAGUUCACCGCUCUGGAUUAUAUUACGGCAAAUCGACAGAGAACUCGGAGCAUGAGAUUUUUGCGAGAGAUCUUCACCACUGUGAACUGUAUCCUUACACCAGCUGUUGCUUGCACUGCCCCAAGAAUCUAUGAAUCUGACCUCCUGACUGGCAGCAGCGAUUUGUCCUUCACAGCCCGGUCCAUGAGGUUCAUGCAGCUUGGUAACUUCACUGGGAUUCCAGGCCUUGUGGUCCCCAUUGGAUACUCUACUGCUGGGCUUCCCAUCAGCCUCCAGGUCAUGGCAAAAUGGUGGGAUGAAGCUGUUCUUCUGAGGAUUGGCCUGAAGCUAGAGCAGUUUCGUUACCAGACUAAAAAACCAUCCAUUUAUUACGACAUCCUCGCAUGA